CCGUUGUGACCCUGUGCCCUCCAAAUCACAAUUGGAGGAUCAAAGUGUGAGUUGUUCGACUAUGGAUUGCUGAUGGGUUUGCUGGGGAAAACAAACCUGCUUCAAUGGAGUUGAUUUUACUGGAUCAACAUGGUGGAAAAAUCCAAGCAACUGUGAGGAAGCUCAUGUUUAGGAAGUGGGGUGAACAAUUCGUGGAAGGAAAUGUUUAUAUCAUUACAUUUUUUCACUUGAUCCCCAAUUUGGGUGCCUAUCGACCUACUGAUCAUGCUUUUAGGAUUCUUUUUAAUCCUAAAACUAAGAUCAUUCCAGCUGAGAGUAGCAUUAUCCCAAGGUGGGGAUUUUCUCUGAAGGAUUCUGCUCAACUUAAUGAUGAUGGCUUCCAGACGGAAUACUUAGUUGAUAUGAUUGGUUUGUUGACAGCUACCUCUGAGGAAAGGACUUAUGUCAAGGAUGACAUUGUUACAAAGAUGAUGUUGCUUGAAAUUAGUGAUGACAAAGGAAAACUGGAGUGUGCCCUUUUUGGAGAGUAUGUCCAGAUUGUAUUGGACUUCCUUAGUUCUAAUCAUUUGGAAAAGCCUGUUGUGGUUCUGCAGCUUGCAAAACUUAAGUCAUUUAGAGGUAAGAAUGUUCUUCAGAAUGUAAUGAAAGCAUCGAGGAUUAUCUUUAAUCCUGAGGUUGCUGAAGCUGAAUCUUUGAUGGACCGCAUAUCUGGCCUUAAUAUGCAGCCCAAUCAACCUGUGGGGCAUAUUAUUUCUCCUAAUCCUUCUGUUCCAAUUUUUGAAGAUUUUAUGAACAACUAUCCUAAGAAAACUAUAUGUGCUUUGAAUGAAACUACUGAGGUAUUUUGCUAUUUUUGUUUUCCAGAUUUAAGGUUAUUGGAUGAAUUGUUUAUUGUUUAUGGAACUGUGGUUGGUUUGUUGCAAGAUGAUCCAUGGUGGUAUUUUGCAUGCAAGUGUCACAAAGCUAUGACUUUUGAUGAUGGAUUAUAUUUCUGCCCCGGUUGUUGUAAGCAUGUUAUGGAUGUUUCUGCAAGGUGUUGUUCUUGUGACCUGAAAUAUGAAUAG